AUGCUAUCUGAACAGAAUGAUAGUGGGAGUGGCAGCGGCGGGAGACCUAGCCAGGUACACACUCCCCUCCGCAAGGAAAAGAAGCGGGUAGGCUUCCACUCCAGCAAAGACUCCUCCGGAGAGAGCAGCGACUCGACAACUCGCCCACAGCAAACACGACAGCAGCGUCAGGAUGAGGGUGUCUUCUCACCAGCUGGUUCACCGAAGCUAGCGCCUGGGGAAUUACCGCCAAAUGCACCGGAUGCUUACGAGCUAAGCCUUGCUCUCACAAAGAUCCUGUCCGCUGAGCAAGAGAAGAAACGACAGGUUCAGAAUCUCGCACCAGACACCCCGGAUGGAGGACCAAAGAGGCCGAGACCUGCGCUGAGGAGAAAUACGAGCUAUGAUGAUCCUAAUGAGCGGGAGAAGGCGGACCAGGCGGAGUCGAGGACUACGGAGAGACAGUAUCGAUCUAUGGCGGAUGCUCGACAGAGAGCUGAUCGGUUAGCUGUUUCGGUGGGGAGUUACUCUGCCCCUGGAUCACGACGGGGAUCGCUUGAUCUCGAGGAAGUCCCCUCGUUUAAGCCGUUGAUCGAGGACUAUGAUAAUCCCAAGGCUUCACCACCAGCUGGGUCAAACACCAUUGAAGAUGCAGAAUACUUCGGCCUUCGACAAAGAAUAGCCAACUCUGAUCGCUUCCAGCAUCACGCUGCGGCUGAGAAUCUAGUCAGGUCUCAUACCCGCAAGGGAAAACGGGAUCUAUUCACACAGCAUCCCAACGGCGGACCGACAUCUGGAACCGCUACACCCGUUCUUCAACAAGCAUACGCCCACGACUACGUCCCCCGACCAGACCAAUACCGCGGCGGUAUUCUCUCCUCGCUGCUGAAGCUUUAUCACGAUGAUAGAGCACCAGGUAGUGGUAUGAACACCCCCAAGGACCCGGGGACACCACUCAUGUCGCCGCGUAACUCACCACCUAUAUCCCGCCCCGGAUCAUCCAAUGGAACGCCUCCUAUCCGAUCACCGCCUCGCUCACGGCCGACGAGCGGGUUGUUCAAUUACCACAAGAACAGACACUCGACGUCUUCGCUUGCACUUACAGAGUUGAUGAAGUCCUCGUCCAUGUUUGCGGCGCCAGCUUCAGCGAAUAUCUCCGACAAGUGGGCUGAGCAGAUUAAACAGAAGCCGCCGCCCCCGAAGAAGCGAGACAAGGCUCGGAUUACUAUUCAUAUCGCGGGUAUUAUCCAGCGCCAUCGAUAUCUGCUCAAGUUGUGCAGGGCUCUUAUGAUGUAUGGUGCGCCUACACAUCGGUUGGAAGAGUACAUGACCAUGUCAUCGCGUGUCCUCGAAAUCGAAGCUCAGUUCUUGUACCUCCCUGGUUGCAUGAUUAUCAGCUUUGAUGAUAGCACUACACAUACCACUGAGGUUAAGCUCGUUCGUGUACCGCAGGGUAUUGACCUCGGUCGUCUUCGAGACGUACACAACAUUUAUAAAGAAGUUGUCCACGACAAGAUUGGCGUUGAGGAAGCGACGAAACGGCUCGACGAUGUCAACGCACGGAAGGAUAAAUACAAUGUCUGGAUUCGAGUAUUCCUAUACGGUGUCGCAUCGGCUUGUGUUGCGCCCUUCGCUUUCCAGGGCCGGUUCAUCGACUUGCCUAUUGCCUUCUUUCUUGGAUGUAUCGUCGGUAUUCUUCAACUUGUCUUGGCACCUAGCAACGAAUUGUACGCCCACGUCUUUGAAGUUUCGGCCGCUCUUAUCACGUCGUUCUUCGCCCGAGCUUUCGGUUCUAUUCAAAACGGCAAGCUCUUCUGCUUCAGUGCACUAGCACAGAGUAGUAUCGCAUUGAUCCUUCCAGGGUAUAUGGUCCUCUGUAGUUCUCUCGAGCUUCAAAGUCAUAACCUCGUCGCCGGUAGUGUACGCAUGGUCCACGCUCUCAUCUACACUCUCUUCCUCGGAUACGGUAUCACCAUCGGCGCUUCGCUCUACGGCAUGAUCGAUAGCAACGCAACGAGUCGUUCGACCUGCGAUAACCCUCUUGGACGGGAAUGGUACUUCCUCUUCGUCCCUGGAUUCACCAUGUGUCUCUGUCUCAUCAACCAAGCCAAGUGGAAGCAAACCCCUGUUAUGGUCGGGAUGGCUUUAGCUGGAUGGUCGGUCAACAGUUACUGCGCUGAGUACUUUGGAGGAAACGGCCAAAUCUCUAAUAUGCUGGGUGCCUUGACAAUCGGUAUUCUCGCAAACUUGUACUCUCGAAUGGGUCGGCAUGUCGAGAAUGGAUACUUGGACUUUAUCGACUGGUGGAAGCUCAGGGUUCGACCGCGUUAUACCAAGAAGAAAAUCGACUCGGACUCAUGGUCCCUCCCAACCCUCAACGAUCCCGAAUCUCGACCUGGAACACCAGAGAAACAUCAAGAGCCCGAGAAGAAGCCCCGCAAGGUCGGAUACAGUCUUGCAGCUGCGGCUAUGCUUCCAGCUAUUUUCGUGCAGGUUCCCUCUGGUUUAGCAGCAGGAGGUUCUCUGCUGGCCAGUAUCACUAUGGCUGAUGAGAUUACCAAGAACGGAACAAAGGUGGCAUCUGACAUGAACACAAUGGGCAAUCUUGAAGGAACUGCGUUCAAUGUCUUGUUCAAGGUCAUCCAAGUUGCCAUUGGCAUCAGUGUCGGUUUGUUCAUGAGUGCACUGAUCGUCUACCCUUUGGGUAAGAGACGAAGUGGGCUGUUCAGUUUCUGA